GAGCCAGGUCAGUUUCGACAUGGCCUUUCAGAGUCAGUAGCGAGGUAAAUUGAAUGCCCCAGGACACUUCCGGAGAAUUUGAAGUUGGAAUUUGCAGUAAUCAUCCGGGCGAGGCAGAAUUUCGUGUAGUUGUAGAGAGAGAGAGGCAUUUGUGGAUUAAUUGAUUGUUUGCAAGUGUAGAGAGACAGAGAGGGGAAACGAUGUCUUUAACGAGCGUGGAGAUGUCGGAGGAAGUGUGGUUGACGUGUCUGACGCAUGCAUUGUCCACCGAGACUGAGGAGAUCAUGGGCCUCCUCCUCGGCGAUAUUCAGCAUUCGAAAAAUGGUAAUGUAACAGCCUUGAUAUGGGGAGCACUUCCACAACCAAGAUCUGAUCGACAGAAGGAUCGAGUGGAGACCAACCCGGAGCAGCUGACUGCUGCAUCAGUUCAUGCAGAGAGAAUGACAAUGGCCACAGGCACCACAACUCGAGUAAUUGGAUGGUACCAUUCACAUCCUCAUAUCACAGUCCUACCUUCUCAUGUUGAUGUGAGAACUCAGGCAAUGUAUCAGCUUUUGGAUUCGGGGUUUAUUGGAUUGAUCUUCUCUUGUUUUAGUGAGGAUGCUCAAAAGGUUGGAAGGAUUCAAGUCAUUGCUUUUCAGUCAUUGGACGGGAAACAGAAUCAGAUGCUUAAACCUGUUACUCUUACACCUGCGCCUAAAAGUUCUGUUAUAAAUGUUGAAUCGUCUAUGAGUUCAUCAGAAAAUGCCAUGAUUGCAUUUUCCGCUUCCAGAGGAGAAGGUAUGGAACAAGACACUGGAGAUUCGGGAGGAGGUCCAACGGCUUCUAAGGUUACAGCAAAAUCACCACGCCUAGGUGGUUUCUUUGCAAAUGCUGAUGCCAAAACGGGAAACCAUUACAAUCCCCAGAGUCUAAAUAAUGUAAUUCAUGAUAUCGAUCCCAUGGAUAUGUCGGAGGGUAUGCAAGAAGCAAUGCAUCUGUCAAAUUUGGAGAUGAGUGGGGCAGAAUAUGUCAGAAAGGAAAUUCCUCUUCAUGUUGCGCCAGCAUCGUCACUUCUAAAUCUUGAAUCACCUUUGUCUUCCUUCACCAAUCUUCAACAUGUAAUGUACGAAGAGGAGAAAACUGCAUACAACCAAGCAGUCUCUCAAAACAUGAGGGACGGAAAAGUUCACCCUCUUUCUUUUAUUCACCACUCAUCGACAUACAAGGCUUCCAUAUGCAAAAUGAUUGAGUAUUGCUUGUCUCCUGCCAUGAAUGCUCUUCAAGAUCAACUAAAAGAGAAUGAAAUUAAGCUAAAGCUGCUAGCCGAGGAAGCCAAAGCUUUGGAAACUGAGCUUUCAAAGGGAAGCCUGUCAAACGCUUCUCCGCGCUCUCCAUCUCUUGGAUUAUCUCGAAGUGGUUCCUCAUUUGGUCGCAGAGAUGCGAAUCCUUCCGAGUCAAGCCCGAUGAAAAAUGUAAGUGGUAGCCGAAGCAAACGAGGCUCCUAGUUUCAUACCGUACAAUAACUUAAGAUGCAUAUCUCCACCGUAGCUUUUAUACCAAACAUGGCCUUACUAAAUGUUUAAGAACACAUUCUGUGGCACAAGGGCAUAUUCUAUGCGUCGUCUGCUUCCGAAUGCUUCGCUUGUUUGUAUUUUGGAAUCCUUUUGUUGUGCGUUGAUCUAAAUAUUACUUCCCAUUGAAAUUUUUUGGCAGUAGGAAUGGAAUCGUUCUUUGAUUCA